UUGUUGUCUUUUUAAGGUGGGUCAAGCUGCGUACUCUGCAUCUAAAGGUGGGAUUGUGGGUAUGACACUUCCUAUUGCUCGAGACCUUGCACCAAUGGGGAUCCGUGUGGUCACCAUUGCCCCAGGUCUGUUCUCCACCCCACUUCUAGCAGGAUUACCUGAGAAAGUGCAAAGCUUCCUGGCCAGACAGGUGCCCUUCCCGUCACGUCUGGGAGAUCCAGCUGAGUUUGCACACCUUGUGACUGCAAUAGCAGAAAACCCCAUGAUCAAUGGCGAGGUGAUUCGCUUGGACGGAGCCAUCCGCAUGCAACCCUGAAAGAAAAAAGAAAACAGAGCGGAGAAACUCCAGUUGAAAUAUCCAAAACUGGUCUGUGACUGAAGAACUAACUAAGCAUUUUCAGCAUAAAGUUAAGAUAC